CUCCGUAGCGGCCCUCGGCAGUUUCCGCUUCUGACAAUCGACGGUGCGCCUGCACUUCCUGCAGCGGCGGCUCCCGCAGCCGAGUCAAAAUGGGUCAAAGUCAGAGUGGUGGUCAUGGUCCCGGAGGUGGCAAGAAGGAUGACAAGGACAAGAAAAAGAAGUACGAACCUCCCGUACCAACUAGGGUGGGGAAAAAGAAGAAGAAAACCAAGGGGCCCGAUGCUGCCAGCAAACUGCCACUGGUGACGCCUCACACUCAGUGCCGGUUAAAAUUACUGAAGUUGGAGAGAAUUAAAGAUUAUCUUCUCAUGGAGGAAGAAUUCAUUAGAAAUCAGGAACAGAUGAAGCCUUUAGAAGAAAAGCAAGAGGAAGAGAGAUCGAAGGUGGACGAUCUGAGGGGGACCCCGAUGUCCGUAGGAACCUUGGAAGAGAUCAUCGAUGAUAAUCACGCCAUUGUGUCUACAUCUGUGGGCUCAGAACACUACGUCAGCAUUCUUUCCUUUGUGGACAAGGACCUGCUGGAACCAGGCUGCUCCGUCCUGCUCAACCACAAGGUGCAUGCCGUGAUAGGGGUGCUGAUGGACGACACAGACCCCUUGGUCACGGUGAUGAAGGUGGAAAAGGCCCCGCAGGAGACCUACGCCGACAUCGGGGGGUUGGACAACCAAAUCCAGGAAAUCAAGGAAUCUGUGGAGCUUCCUCUUACUCACCCUGAAUAUUACGAGGAGAUGGGUAUAAAGCCCCCUAAGGGGGUCAUUCUCUAUGGCCCACCUGGCACAGGUAAAACCUUAUUAGCCAAAGCAGUAGCAAACCAAACCUCGGCCACUUUCUUGAGAGUGGUUGGCUCUGAGCUUAUUCAGAAGUACCUCGGCGACGGGCCCAAACUGGUCCGGGAGUUGUUUCGCGUUGCUGAAGAACACGCACCGUCCAUUGUGUUUAUUGAUGAAAUCGAUGCCAUUGGGACUAAAAGAUACGACUCAAAUUCUGGGGGUGAAAGAGAAAUUCAGCGAACGAUGUUGGAACUGUUGAACCAGUUGGAUGGAUUUGACUCCAGAGGGGACGUGAAAGUUAUCAUGGCCACAAACCGAAUAGAAACUUUGGAUCCAGCACUUAUCAGACCUGGCCGCAUUGACAGGAAAAUCGAGUUCCCCCUGCCCGACGAAAAGACCAAGAAGCGCAUCUUUCAGAUCCACACGAGCAGAAUGACGCUGGCUGAUGACGUGACGUUGGAUGACCUGAUCAUGGCUAAAGAUGACCUCUCGGGUGCCGACAUCAAGGCAAUCUGUACAGAAGCUGGUCUGAUGGCCUUGAGAGAACGCAGAAUGAAAGUAACAAAUGAAGACUUCAAAAAAUCUAAAGAAAAUGUUCUCUAUAAAAAACAGGAAGGCACCCCCGAGGGGCUUUAUCUCUAGCAGACUAGUUACCUUUAAGAAGAUGGUUGGCGAAGCCCAACCCCUUGGAGGGAGGCGGCUGGGGAAGGUGCCCACCCCAGCUGAUCCCCCAGCAACACGUGCUGUGCACUGUGCACCUCCCGGAGCACCUGUGUGGGAGCCUGUGGUCCAGCGCCCCGUUCCCAAUAAAAUGAGCUCUUUCUCA